AUGCUCCAAAAUCUCACCAAACCGCAGGAGGGUGAGACGGCCGCCGAAUCAGUCCAGAUCGCGCUCGCCGCGUCGGCGCCGGACGGGAAUAACACCCUGAUAAGCCCACUCCACACGCCGGAGGGAUCGCGGCACGGAUCGGACGAGCCCGCGGCCGCCGGCGCGGCGGCCAUGCCGGCGCCCGCCGCCGUGGAGCCGGAAGCGCCGCGGCUCAUGUUCAAAGGCCCGCGGUGGAAAAGGACCGCUGUGGCCGUCCAUUGUCUGCUCUUUUUGAGCGGCUGCGUGAUAGCUGCCGCGAUGAUGUGGAGCGUCGAGAAACCGCAUGAAAGAAAGCACCGGCGACGGGCGAAGCGCCGCGAGAAGCAGAUCAACAGCGACCUCGACGCCAUCAUCGCGAGCUUCGAGGCGAGGAACGACACGCAAAUGGCCGAGCUCACGCGAGAGCUGAAGACGCGCGUGGACGACAACUGCGACCUCGCCGUGCCGUCGCAGUACUACUGGUCCGCGGCAGGAUCGCUCUAUUUCGUGGCGACCGUCGUGACGACGAUCGGAUACGGCUCGUUCGCCCCGCAGACGACAGCCGGCAAGGCGCUGACGUGCUACAUCGCCAUCGUCGGGAUUGCCUGGUUCGCGUUUAUGCCUGUGCGAAAUCAACAUUUACUGCGGCGUAUAUGAACGAUCGCCUCGAUCUCCACGCCAGGUUUAUCCUAUCGAUCCUCGGCGACCACCUCCUCGCGCUCGUGGCGUGGAUCGACCGCAAGGUCCGCUGCGACAAGAUUGGAAGCGAGACGACGAACUGGCACAUAUUCGUCCAGGCGUUGAUUUGGAAUGCAGGGUAUAUCCUCUUCGUCACCGUGGUAACGUCGUGGUGGCUCGGAAUUACCUUCGGCAACGCGGCGUACUUCGCCGUCAUCACGUUCACGACGGUGGGCCUGGGGGAUUUCGCACCACCGUUUCUCCACCACGAUACGACGUAUGCGGAUGUCGUGGGCCAAUACCUCUUAUUCGCCGCGUCGUCGUUGUUGGGCCUCGUGUUGCUGGCGUUACUGCUCAAGGCGCUCGACGAGCUCCUCCAGAAGCGCCUCUCGAAGGGCAUCGACCGCGUCGCGGCGGGCGUCCUGGCCAUGCGGCGGCGCUACUCGUCCGACGGCUCGCGGGGCCGGCGGCGCGGGCGGCGGGCGAGUGGUGGGUCACGCGACGACUCGCGUGCAUCUUCGACGUCGGCGUAA